AUUAUUUACUCUAUGGACACAACCUCAAAUUUAUAAAUAAAAGAUUUUUUAUUCGCUAUUUUUACAUGAUAAAUGUCACAAUUUUUAAUAAAACAAUCGUCUUAAAAAUGAAUAUCUUGUAAUUGUUAAGUUAUCAAGAACAUAUUUAAUGAUUCAAAUAUGGCAGUAACUUUAAGACCUAGGAAUUUACAUCGAACCUUUUAUGCAAUUGCGCGACAUUACAGUGAAGAAAAAUCUAUUUACCAGAAACAUGAAGAAGGUGAAAAGCCGCGAAUGGUCUAUGGUAAGCCAUACCCUGACUGGCGUAAACCCUGGAUAAGCAGAGAUGGAGAAUGGAGAAGUAAACUCUCCGUCUUUGUAGAGAAAAAUCCAAACCCAGAUUUCCUGUAUGCAUUAUCACAAUUACCUAAUAUAACAAUAGAACAAAUUAAAGAAUGGUGGGGAAAUUUAAAAACAAUUCAAGAGAUUGAAAAUCAGAAAUUUUUGCCCAAAAGAGUUGCAGUCCUCGGGCCAAAUUUAGGAGCAUUACACUUCUUCACUUACCGGCAAGCAGCUGUCAGGUUAAAGGACAAAAGGGAAUGGAUAAUGGGGGACAUGACAACUCUAAACUUGCCGCAGCAGUACGAAGAUGGCUACUUUGUAGAAGCUGUCGACUGCACAAACUUCCACCAUGGCGGUAUCAGAUAUGAAGGACUGCAGAAUCUAUCAAACCUGAAUUUCUUAAAAUGGCUAUGUUUAAAAAAUAAUAAAUAUAUUGAUGUUUGGUGUCUCGAUAGAAUAGCAGGGCAGAACGGCAAAAGCUUAGAGUACCUUGACAUAAGAGGAUGUAAUUUAACUCUUAGCUGUGUUGUUGCAUUGGCUCGAAUGCAGGCGCUAAAAUAUCUAGUUAUCACAGAUCCAGGUGAUGAUGUGGAGUUACAAGCAGCUUUAUCUUUAUUGGAGGCUGAUAAGCCUAAUUUGUUAAUAAAAGCCGAACCUAAAGAAGAAGAAGUACAAGAUAGCAAGUAAUUUAGUUGUUGUUAGUAGUUAAUAAAUUAUUUUGUUGCACAUUG